GGGCAGCCACCCCACAGCCCCCCAGGAUGCCUAGCAGAACCGUCAGCUACACCCGGUACAGCCCACAGCAGCGGCGGCGACGGCGGCGGAUGCUGGCUGAUCGCAGCGUCCACUUCCCCAACGACGUCCUGUUCUUGGACCACAUCCGCCAGGGUGACCUGGUGCAGGUGGGGCGCUUCAUCCGGACCCGGAAGGUCUCCCUGGACACCAUCUACCCCUCAGGCCUGGCCGCCUUGCACGAAGCUGUGCUCUCUGGGAACCUGGAGUGUGUGAAGCUGCUGGUCAAGUACGGGGCUGACAUCCACCAGCGGGACGAGAGCGGCUGGACGCCCCUGCACAUCGCCUGCAGCGACGGGUACCCGGACAUCGCCAGGUACCUCAUCUCGCUGGGAGCAGACAGACAGGCGGUCAACGACGACGGCGACCUGCCCUCCGACCUCAUCGACCCGGACUUCAAGGACCUGGUGGAGCUCCUCCAGGGCGCCAGGAUGGACUGA